AUGGAAGAGUGUGCAGUUUUAAAAGAAGCGUCAUCUGGUGAUGAUUUCCCUCAAAUAUUAACAAAACAAGAAAAUUUUAUUCAACAUGAACGGAUACACAAAGAAAAACCUUCUUCAUGUGAUGUUUGUGAUGUAGUGCGGAUUAAUACUGGUAAAAAGUUUGAUAAAUUUUCGUGUGUUGAUUGUGGUAUUACGUUCGGUAAACAUAUCGGAUUAAUUAAACAUAAACGUGUUCAUUCUAUGAUAAAACCUUAUCAGUGCGAUUUUUGUGAUCAAUCAUUUACCCAAGCGAAUUCUUUAUUUCAACAUAAACAAGUUCAUACGGAGGUGGUACGCUGGCAUAAUGAAGAAACCCCAAACGAAUUUUCUGUUAACAGUGAUAAAAUGCUUAAGCAAAUUUCUAAAACUUAUUCGAAUCCUGUUAAAAAAUUUAAAGGACAAAAUAAUUUACUUCAAAAUGAAGGAAGAUACAAAGAAAAACCUUUAACCCGUGAUAUUUGUGAAGCAAAGCCUGAUACAUUUUCAUGUGAUGAUCGUGGUGAAUUGUCUUCAAACAGUGAUAAAAAGGUAACGAAAAUUUCUGAAACUUUCGUAAAGAAUGAUGAAAAGACAAAAGCACAAAAUGAUUUACUUCUAAAUGGACGAAUCGAAGAAAAAUCUUUUGUAUGCGAUGUUUGUGAUGAACUUUUUACCAAAAAGCAAUAUUUAAUUCGACAUAGAGGAAUACAUAUUGGAGAAAAGUUCGGUAGAUAUUCGUGUGAUGAUUGUGGUAUUACGUUCGGCAAACAUGUUGCAUUAAUUCUACAUAAACGAAUUCAUACUGAAAACGAAACUGUGGAUUUAUUAGAUAAAGAAGGGGCAAUCAAUGGAGAAAACAGCAUGUAUCUACCACCAUACAGCGAUAUCUAUGUAGGGUGUCGAUCUCAGAUUAUUGAGGAAUGGCAAAUAGAAUGGGAUUAUAGCAGCAAAAUAAAAGCCUCUGCAAUAGCUGCAUUACAUCCGGCACCUAUUCUUAAGCCGUGCUGUGUUGUCUUGGAUAUGCGUUGUUCAUAG